GGACAUUUCCCACUGGCCGCAGGCCGAGUCGCGCUCUCCAUUCCACUCUCAUCCCGACCCCAGUGCCUCGUUCCCUCACUCUCUCGCUGGCACCCCCGGAGAGAGACUGAAGAUUGCGCUCGGAUCGAGAAAUCAAUUCAAUCCCAUCGCAUGUUUGGCGCCUGCCGUCACCGCACCAGGUCCAUUACCGUGCUCGUUCCGUCCCAUCUAAUUCGGUCUCGUCAAUUCUUUUUCUUGAUUAUUUUGAGUCUUAUCUUGCUACUUCUUCUCAACCUCGAAUUUCAAGCGCGCAAGGGCGGCUCAGCAUCCCGAAGCCGCUGCUGCUGCGCAAAAGAUUUUCGCUCGUCGCGCUUCGCGCUUCAUCCUUCCCUAAAAUCUUCCUGAUCAUUUAUAUUGCCACGGGCGCUCUCCGCUAGAGAUCUUUUAGUCCUCUAUACCGCAAUCCACAACGAUGGCGGCAAAUCGACAUCUUCCGGAGCGCCGCAAUCCUCUGCUACUCAACGACAUACCAGACCAUGCAGACCUUGUCGCGCGUCGCCGGCUAGGACAAACCCAGCUCACGCCGCGCAUGGUUGCGGCUGUUCCCGGCGCCGAAGUCGACACGUCGACACUUGGCGCGUUUGAUUACGCGCACUUGCGGGCUCCACUCCCGAAAGGCAUCGUCUCGGGCAUUUUCAAAUCGUCUCCUCAGAGCUACUAUCUCAUGCGACGCAGUAAAGAUGGCUAUGUUUCCGCUACUGGCAUGUUCAAGGCGACCUUCCCGUGGGCAUCGCAGGAGGAGGAGGAGGCGGAGCGCAAGUACAUCAAGUCCCUCGCGUCAACCAGCCACGGGGAAACGGCUGGGAACGUGUGGAUCCCUCCCGAGCAGGCCUUGAUUCUCGCCGAGGAAUAUCAGAUCCUGCCAUGGGUUCGCGCCUUGCUCGACCCCGCUGAUAUCACCCCGGCUGGCGCGGAGAGCAGUCCUCCCAAGAACAUUACCGCUCCGCCAAAGUUCUUCGGACAACAGAGCCUUGCUCCGCCAACUCCGACCUCCACUCGGACCUCCCGCAGCCGUCGAUCUGUUAGCCCGACGAAGUCGAUCGGUAGCAGACGCACCGCUGCCAGCCCCAGGAAGCGGAGGGUUGCUUCCCAAUCUUCGAUCGCGACUGACACUCCCCCAACCAGCAACAAGGACUCAGUAUCUCCCUCGUUGGUCAAUGGAGAGGCUCCAUCCAUCGCCCACGUCUCAGCCGUAACGACGGCCAAGCUGGCAAGCGUUCGGGAGACGAGUGAAACCAAUGUCAGGGUGGAAGCGAUUGAGAGGGAACCUGCUGUGGUACUGGAACCCGUGGAGGAGGAGCCCAAGAUCAAGGUCCAUGUCGACCAAGACUCAAAGGUGGAUGCGGACGGUGAAGAGGUAAAGCACACAAAAGUCGAGCUCGAGGUGCCAAUCCUGGGGGAAUUGCCUUCUCCCGAAGAUGCGGUCAAGAUGGUUAACGAAGCCAAGGCUAUGGUUGAAGCUGCCGUCAAGGCUGACAAUGAGGCUACCUCCGCUCCGAGCAGCGGCAAGAACAAGCGGAAAGCUAAGGAGAUUGCUCAGGAUGAGGACAAGGAGAAUGCGGAGGACGAUGUGGAACCGCCCCAGGCAAAGAAAGUCAAGACAGAAGCCGAGCUGCGCAAGGAGAAGAUCAGGAAGAGAGCAUUUUUAGGUCUCACUGCUACGGUUGCGGUAGGAGCUCUCGGGUAAGGCUUGAGUUUUUGUGCCCCUGUCACUCACCUUGGGUUUGGCUGACAAAGAUCGCACAGUGCUCUGGUUCCGGUCAUUGGGCCCUAUGUCAUGAACGCCCUAUAAUCGGAUUUGACUGCCGGCAUUUCGCUCCCCGCUCUUGCAUACGUCCAUCUACUUGGUGAUGCGCC